AUGUUUGGGUCCUGUCUGAUCGCCUCCGCCAAAGGCUCAAUAGCCAAAGGCUCUAUAGCCAAAGGCUCUAUAGCCAAAGGCUCAAUAGCCAAAGGCUCUAUAGCCAAAGGCUCUAUAGCCAAAGGCUCUAUAGCCAAAGGCUCAAUAGCCAAAGGCUCUAUAGCCAAAGGCUCUAUAGCCAAAGGCUCUAUAGCCAAAGGCUCUAUAGCCAAAGGCUCUACAGCCAAAGGCUCUACAGCCAAAGGCUCUACAGCCAAAGGCUCUACAGCCAAAGGCUCUACAGCCAAAGGCUCUACAGCCAAAGGCUCUACAGCCAAAGGCUCUAUAGCCAAAGGCUCUAUAGCCAAAGGCUCUAUAGCCAAAGGCUCUAUAGCCAAAGGCUCAAUAGCCAAAGGCUCUAUAGCCAAAGGCUCUAUAGCCAAAGGCUCUAUAGCCAAAGGCUCUAUAGCCAAAGGCUCAAUAGCCAAAGGCUCUAUAGCCAAAGGCUCUAUAGCCAAAGGCUCAAUAGCCAAAGGCUCUAUAGCCAAAGGCUCAAUAGCCAAAGGCUCUAUAGCCAAAGGCUCUAUAGCCAAAGGCUCAAUAGCCAAAGGCUCUAUAGCCAAAGGCUCUAUAGCCAAAGGCUCUAUAGCCAAAGGCUCUAUAGCCAAAGGCUCAAUAGCCAAAGGCUCAAUAGCCAAAGGCUCUAUAGCCAAAGGCUCUAUAGCCAAAGGCUCUAUAGCCAAAGGCUCUAUAGCCAAAGGCUCUAUAGCCAAAACAAAUAGGGCGGGAGAUAGGGGGCAGCCUUGUCUGCUCGAUCUUUUUCAGCAGCCGGAUCAGCACAGGUCUGGGUCUCUCGCUUGCGGAUGGUUUCAGACCGAGUGUUCGGUCCCGCGAACUCCUCACGUCCGAUUUGUCACUCAGGGCUUGAUUCCCGGACCGAAUUUCCUGAAGCAAGAGCGCGAUGUCCAUAGGCUGGGAGAGGCCGAAGAUCGGAUCGAAAAGGCCGAAGAGCGGAUACAAGCCUCAGAGGAAGCAACACUGGAGAUGCUAAAGCUACACGUGAGGCUAGAUGAGAAGCUAACGGAAAUGGAGAGUCACAGCAGACGCGAUAAUCUACGGAUUUAUGGAGUAGCCGAAGAGUCCGAAAGAGACUCCGUUAACAUGCUGUCUUUUGUGAACAAACUUCUUCACGAGGGCCUGCAACUGUCUGAAGAAAUGCCCGACUUACAAAUUCAGAGGGCUCAUCGCUCGCUAGGCCCUCAACCAACAGCUGGCGCACCGCCUCGCUCUAUUAUGGUCAGGUUUUUGAGCUUUACGGUGAAAGAGAUGCUGCUACACAAAGCGUGGCAAACAAAAGGAUUCAAGUGGAAAGACAAUCAUGUAAACCUCGAUCAUGAUUAUCCGCCGUCCAUCAUUGCUAAACGGAAGGAGUAUGCUGAAAUUCGGAAAGUUUUGAAAGCUAAUAAUGUGAAGUUUCAAACGCUGUUCCCGCGAGGCUACGCGUGA